CGGCGGAAGCGGCGCCGGGGGGACGGUCCGGGCCCGCCCCGCCGAGGCCUGGCCGGGAGUGUCACGUAACAAGUGAAAACUUUCAUGUGAAAACAGAAAAUGGCUUCAAGAGGAACAACAGAGACCAGCAAACUAAAACAAAACUUGGAGGAGCAGUUGGACAGAUUAAUGCAGCAGCUUCAAGAUCUGGAAGAAUGCAGAGAGGAGCUGGAUGCAGAUGAGUAUGAGGAGACCAAAAAAGAAACUCUAGAGCAGCUGAGUGAGUUCAACGACUCCCUGAAGAAGAUCAUGUCUGGAGAUAUGACUUUGGUGGACGAGCUCAGUGGGAUGCAACUGGCAAUACAAGCAGCCAUCAGCCAAGCAUUUAAAACCCCAGAAGUGAUUAGAAUGUUUGCAAAGAAGCAGCCGAGGCAACUGAGGACGAGGUUGGCAGAGAUGGACCGAGACUUAAUGGUUGGGAAGUUGGCACGAGACCUGUACACCCAACAGAAAGUGGAAAUCCUGACUGCCCUCAGGAAGCUUGGUGAGAAGCUCACUGGGGAUGAUGAGAUGUUCUUGUCAGCAAAUGCUGGUACAGCCCUGAGCCAGUUUGAGAGAGUCUCCACUGACCUUGGAUCAGGAGACAAAGUCUUUGCUCUAGCAAGUGUUGAAGUAGAAAAGGCAAAGCAAUGAAGGGGUGUGUGAGGCUUGUGUCUCUCCAGUUAUCAACAGCAUUGGACUUCUGUCACACUGCAUUUGGGUUUUCUAUUUCCAACAUGUUGUAAAAAAAAAGCAAAGCAAAACAAAAAAACUCCAAAUCCUAAAACCUCUUGGGUUCUUAACCAGAAGAUAUGAAGUAAACAGCCUUAAGUGCACUUUGGAACCUUGGUGUCUGUACCCCUUAAGUAAUACAAGCUCUGAGGCUGAACACUGAGUGGAACUCUAGAAACAAAAGCAUGGUAUGUCUGUCUUGGGAAAGAAUCAGCUGUUUUGAACUUUUCUGAAUGUGUAUUUCUCUAACUAUUAAAAACUUCAUCUUUUUGCA